AUGCUUCUUCUUCUCUCCUCCUUCUCCUCCUCCUCUUCUUCUCCUCCCCUCCUCCUCUUCUUCUUCUUCUCCUCUUCUUUCCUCCUCCUCCUCUUAUUCUCCUCCCCCUCCUCCUCCUCUUCUUCUUCUUCUUCUUCUUCUCCUUUUCUCCUCCUCCUCUCUUCUUCUCUCUUCUUCCUCAUAUAUAUUCUUCUUCUUCCUUUUCUUCUUCUUUCCUCCUCCUCCCUCUCUUCUUCUUCUCCUCCCCUUUCUUCCUCCUCCUCUUCAUCUCUCUUCAUCUUCGUCUUCUUUUUCUCUCCUCCUCCUCUUCUUCUUCUCCUCCCCCUUUCCUCCUCCUCCUCUUCAUCUCUCUUCUUCCUCGUCUUCUUCUUCUUCUUCUCUCCUCCUCUUCUUCUUCUCUCCUCCUCCUCUUCUUCUUCUUUUUCUUCUUCUUCUCUCCUCCUCCUCCUCUUCUUCUUUGCGUCGCAAGGUUCGAUGCUAACCUUGCUCCCAACAUUUGUAGUCUUGCGUCAGACUUUGCUAAGCUCAGUAUAUGUGCAACGGUGCAUCGCCGUAAGGCAAUGGUUAGCGGACAAAUCUAUUGCAACUGUGCAGAAAGUUCUAUAG